AAUCUUCCUCCAUCCCCUGAAGAGUUCCACGUAAACAACGAUGUUGAAAGUGAUCGGCAGACUGCUCUUUUUGUUUGUCCUCGCGAUAUAUUUUUAUAUCUUGGAAAUUUUUAAGCUUUUUUCUCCAACAAAAAGGAAGGACGUGCGUAACGAGAUCGUGCUGAUUACCGGGGCGGGACAUGGAAUCGGCAGGGAGAUCGCUUUGGAGUUCGGAAGAUUAGGGGCGCGGGUUGUGAUAUGGGACAUCAAUAAGAGUACAAACGAUGCAACAGCGGAGGAAAUUAAGCGUAAUGGUGGUACGGCGUACGCUUACGUUUGUGACCUGACGAAGACGGACGACAUUCGUACGACUGCGGAAAAAGUUCGGAGGGAGAUAGGGGACCCAUAUAUCCUCGUCAAUAAUGCCGGGAUACUAACAGGGGGAGAACUCCUCAAACUUAAGGAGGCUCACAUCAGGCGCACCUUUGAAAUCAACACCUUGUCCCAUUUCUGGACUUGUCAGGAGUUCAUGCCGGCCAUGCUUAAAGACAACAGGGGACACAUAGUAACGAUAGCCUCCAUGUCGGCAAUGUCGGGUACGGCAUACCUCGUAGAUUACAGUUCUUCAAAGUAUGCUGCUUUAGGAUUUGCUGAGGCUUUGAAUGAAGAACUUAGAACUAUGGGUAAAACUGGAGUAUACACAACCACUGUGUGUCCUAUGUUUGUUGAUACAGGUCUUGUGAAACAACCAAAAGAUAGAGUAGGUAGAAUAUUAACGCCUAAGGAGGUGGCUUUAGCAACAGUUGAUGGAGUACUAACCAAUGAAGAAAUAGUCUACGUGCCUGGAAGAAUGAAAUUCCAAAUGUCUCUUUCUGCCUUUUUCCCCAGAGACAUGAUAAAGUAUACUAAAAAAGCCUCGGGUUUGGGCAUCGAACCACAGUAUGAGCCGACAACGUUUAAGACGGACUAGGAUAUGAUAAACACGUGCAAGUGUUCCAUUAAUUUUGUCUGCGAUAUGAAUGUUCAUUGUAAAUGAAUUAAGUGUUUUUAGAUAGACUGCAACGGUCAAAUAAUGACAAAAGUUAUUCAACAUGGAUUGUAUUACAUACGUGUACUUAAAAUGACUUUUUAAAGCAUAAAGAAUAUUAGUUUUGGACUUAGUUAUAUUGUGAGUGCCAUUGCUUUAUAUAAUUUAUAUAAUAGUUAUAUAAUACUUUAUAUAAUGGUAAGUUAUUUGUCGUACUUUCUAAAUUUGUCAAUCAGAUAUAUUGUGUAUUGAUUGGGGAUGACAAUGGUUUAAUCAUGACCUCGAGUGGGUUUGAUAAAAAAAAAUUAAGCAUCUAUAAUUGAUUUAAAUAUGAUAAUGUCUUUACACAAUAAAACAAUCAAAUUUGA